AGCGUUUCCAAGAUGGCCGAAAAAAGGCUUACGUGUCUGCUAGUUCGCGGAUUUUAUGUAUUUAUAUGUUCUUUAGUGAUAAUAGUUGCGAUUUUAAGUACGCAUUGCAAUGGAAACAAUUCAGAACAUCAACACAUCGAAGAAGAGCAGUCAUUACCGACUGUUUUUGUUGCAAUUCUCGUGAGAAAUAAGGCUCAUACACUGCCUUGGUUUCUUGGCCAUUUGGAACUGAUUAAUUAUCCUAAAGAAAAAAUUGCAUUGUGGAUACGAAGUGACCACAAUAUUGACAAUUCUACAGCAAUACUAAAUAAAUGGAUAAAAGCUACAGAACACAUGUAUAAUUCUGUGGAAUUUGUGUUUGAUGAUACACCUACUGGAUUUGCUGGAGAGAUAGGACCAUGUCAUUGGACUAUAGAAAGAUUUAACCAUGUUAUACAACUACGUCAGAAAGCCAUUAAAACUGCAAGAAAUAUGUGGGCAGAUUAUUUGCUGAUGAUUGAUGCAGAUGUCAUGUUGGAAAAUCCAGAUACAUUAAAACUUCUCAUUGAUCAGCAGAAGACCUUGAUAGCUCCUGUGAUGAAUGCCUCUGUCGGGGAUACAUACUCUAACUUCUGGGGUGGUAUGGAUGAACAAGGUUAUUACAAAAGAGUGCCGGAGUAUUUCAAAAUGUUGGAGCGUGAAAUUCAAGGCGUAUUUCAAGUUCCAAUGAUUCAUACUGUCUUCUUAAUGGAUUUACGGCACACAAUAUCAGAAAAACUGUCCUAUAUUGCUCCACCUGGAUAUAACAUGCCUGAAGAUGACAUCAUAAUAUUUGCUCUGUCCGCACAAGAUGCUGGAGUGCCAAUGUAUAUUUUAAACACAGAGUACUUUGGACAUGUGAUGGUCCCAUUGGAUGAGUAUCAUACCUUGUUUAUAGAAGAUGAACAGUUUACAUUGUUAAGGAUGGAGAUGUUAGAUGCAGACAAUCCAGAAACUGGCCCAGGUGUGGAUUAUAUUGUUGAAGGUAGAGGACUCAUACCAUCACCCUAUCUUGAUGUUCCAAUGAAACCAAAGGACCGGCUUGGUUUUGAUAAGGUUUACAUGAUAAAUCUGCAGCGACGUUCUGAACGUAGGAACAGAAUGUUAUAUGUGUUUGAUGUACUAGGGAUAGAAGCUGAACUUAUUCCGGCAGUUGAUGGCAAACUUCUGAAUGACACAUAUCUAUACAAAGAUCUAAAAAUAGAAGUAGUUCCCGGCUUCACAGAUCCCUAUGGUGGAAGGCCUAUGACCAUGGGAGAAAUUGGUUGCUUCCUGAGCCAUUACUUUAUAUGGAAAGAUAUGGUAGAGAAAGGUUAUUCUGAGGUAGUUGUGUUUGAAGAUGACCUCAGAUUUGAGCCUUAUUUUAGAACCAAAUUGAGGCACAUUAUGAGACAAGUUAAAGAAAAAGUUCCAGAUUGGGAUCUAAUAUAUCUUGGACGUAAGCGAUUAAACAGGAAAGAUGAGUCUUACCUAAGUGGAUCAGAAACCUUGGUGUGGCCUAGUUAUUCUUACUGGACACUCAGUUAUCUGCUAUCUAGUAGAGGUGCCAAGAAGCUGCUAGCUCAGAAACCACUUCAGAAAUUACUGCCUGUGGAUGAAUACCUCCCUGUAAUGUUUAACAAACAUCCCGAGGAGUCUUGGAAAGAGCCAUUCCAUCCACGAGAUCUGAUUGCUCUGUCUGCUGAGCCUUUGUUGAUUUACCCCACCCAUUACUUGGGUGAAGCUCACUAUAUAUCUGACACAGAAUGGUCUGAGCUGAUCACAGAAAAAACUAACCACAACAGUGCAGAAGAACCCCAAAGAUCUCCAACUGCCGAUGGUAUAGGUGAUCACCAAAAAGGAGAUCAUUUAGGAUCCUCUAACAGACAACAGGAUGAGUUAUGACCCCUGUCUGUCAUUUUAAAUAAAACAAACGAAAUGAUUCCUGUAAAAUACUAGACUAAAUAUUGUUCUGUUGGACUUAAAAAAAAGAAGAGUUGACAUUUUUUCUAUUAAAUUAUCAGUAUUAAUGCGUACAUAAGGCUUGAAUUUAACUUUAGAGAGGUCUGUGUACUGUUUUUUAAUAUAAAGAGGGUGGAGAUAUGGUAUAAACAUCAUACUGGUAAUUGAAAAAGAAAAUUUAGGCAAAGAAAGAAAACAAAUCAAGAAAUACAGACGGAAAACAGCAUGAAAGGUUAUUUUAAAAAAAGCUUCAUUAAAUUUCUAUUAAUGUGAUUGUGGGUGUUUGUUGAACAUUUAAGUGUUUUACUGUGAAUUUGGGUAUUUCUAGUCACUUUACAUCUUAUUUAUAUAUUAUUUUACUAUUUUGCAAUAUAUACCUGGGUUAUAUGUAAUGAUUGUUUGAGAAAGUGUUAGAUUUGGCAUUAUAAUAUUGAUCUUGUCAUAUAGCUCGCAACUGUCCCUUAAAUGCCAAAUUAUACUAUACCUUAUGUAUAGCUUACUCUCAUUUAUAUGUUUUGUAGAGUUAGAUAUUUUUUCACAAAUCUGUAUCUUGUUUUCAUGUGUGUGUGUGUGUGGGG